AUGGCGAGACAUCGGUCAUCCACGUCAAGGAGGACAGCGAGCAAUAACCCUCGGGCCGACCCCUCGACAGCAGAGGCGUCAGAUUCUGUCUCGAGACCUACCCAAGCAAGAACCGGUCACACGACUACUUCGGGCACAAAAGGAGAGUCACAGGAAGGAGAGACGAAGCAACAUUUACCGACCAUUCGUUUCUUUCCUCACCAGGAGGUCAGAAAUGGGAGACCGUCCCUCCACUUCUCGCCAAUCACGAGGACCUUGCCCAGCGAGCAUUCUAUCAUAAGAGUCGGCCGCUAUUCCGAGCGUGAAGGUGUUCCUUCGACCAACCCUACUGGUCCCUCCGAUGCCCCUGUUGGCUUCAAGUCAAAAGUCGUCAGUCGAAAACAUUGCGAGUUCAGUUUUCUAGAUGGUCAAUGGCAGAUCAAAGAUGCCGCAUCUUCUUCCGGCACCUUCCUCAAUCACAUCAGGUUGAGCCAGCCCAAUACCGAGUCUCGGUUAUUUCCAAUCAAAGAUGGAGAUAUCGUCCAAUUGGGCAUUGAUUUCCGUGGCGGAGAGGAAAUGAUCUUUCGCUGUGUCAAAAUCCGCAUCGAAUGCAACCGCGCGUGGCAAAAGAAGCCCAACAAUUUCAACAAAAGCAGGCACCAACAACUGCAGAGUCUGGCAAAGGACCAACCCUCGGCAGACACCAAUAGUGGUGAAUGUUCGAUUUGUCUAGGCUCUGUCCUCCCCUGUCAAGCGUUGUUUGUCGCUCCAUGCGCCCAUGUCUGGCAUUACAAAUGUAUUCGGCCUUUGCUCGAAGGCAAAAACAGUGUCUACCCACAGUUUCAAUGUCCAAAUUGCAGAGCGUAUUCAGACCUGACUGCAGAUGUUGACCUUGCUCAAUCUGACAUAGACGAGUGGCUGGAGAAUACUGAUGAUCAAGAGAACCAGACCGCGGAGGCGGGUACCGAGGCCGCCAUCGAAGCAAAUCAUUCGUCAGAUGCAAAAACUAACGGCCAAGUAACAGGCGAGCCAGAAUCUGCCAGUGCGGCCGUGCCCAACCCAAGCGUGAAUGGCGACGACGUUCAAGUGGAACGACCCUCUGACCAUCCUCCCGUCACUAUAUCCCAGUCCGAAAUCAAUGGCGAUGAAAAUACUUCUCCGGCAUCUGCGAGAGCCUCGGGACUUUUGGCACGCAGGCAAGCUACUAACCUGCGGUCGUCCGAGCUUUCAAUGAACGGCAGUAUCGACAUGCCUGAGCAACCGGUGGAGGACGAGAUGCAUGGGCAGCUCGAACAGCAACGUACCCACACACAAACCCCGGAUCCCGACCAUGUCGUCGUUGUAGAAGGACCAUUAACACCCAGAAAUAAUGCAGGACCAUUUGUUUUUGACGGUAGUGCCGGAAGGUCGGAUGCGAGACAGUUGACGGUACCUAUCAGGACAAAUGUUACUGAUGGAAAUCGUUCGUCUUGA